AUGGCCGAGCAGCGCACGGCGGAGGAAAUCAGCCGUGUUAACCAGCAGUACCACGAGCAGUCGCAGCUCACAUCCUCCCCGGCCUACUCCGCCAGCCAACAGCUUUGGUUCGAAGCACGGAGGGUGGCGAAACGUGGGCCGCCCACUCCGGCCUUUUCUUCUACGGGGUUGGCCACCCCGUCCGGAUCGGUUGGUGGCACUGGUAAUGGUGGUGAUUCCGGCGCAGCAGCCUCUACCACUCCGCAGACUGGCCUCUUCCAGCCCAUCACCUUGGAGGCAGAGUCCGCGAUCAUGGCCACAGCGUACUCCGCCGGCAUCAACGCCAGAGAGCCGGCGCAGCUCCAACAGUGGAUGGCGCAACCACUCCGCACUCGUGGAGAGGUCCUGGAGACAAUCCGCCAGGACCACACCGCAGUUAUACGCCCAGAGCUGUAUAACUUGGUGACGCAGGUUGAGCAAGCCCUGGCGCAGAUCGACGACAGAGUAAUCCGCCAGUCUCAGGACCUGCAGUGGAUGGUAUCAGAGAACAGGCAGAGUCAACGCCAGUACUCCGCCCUUUCCGUUAUUCUCACUGGUUGGGAUGGCUCUAUGUCCCCGGAGCAACGGCUCUACAUGGUCAACUGGCUCCUCAGUCAGGUCACGCACUUCCAGGCGUUCCUGAGGCAAAGGGGCUACAGACUGGACGCGGGCGAUGCCGAGUACAUCUACCUCAACUGCCUGUCCGCAGACCCAACCACUCCGCCAGCAGGCACUGGUCGCUGGAGCGGGAUCACCAUGUUGGCUUUCAAGUCAUGGGACCUAAGGCGCGCCUUCAUGGCGGAUCGCAGGGAUUCGCCACAGUUCCAGAGGAAAAUGGAGCUACCACUCCGCGUGAUUUUGGCCGCCAUCAACCUUUUGCCGGACACCGAGCCGAAGCAGGUGGUGAUUCUCUGGAAAACCCUGACGAUAAUGGCGCCGCAGCAGUCCAGGCAGUUUGACGAGCAGAUCGUGGCGGCAGCCCGCCUUCACUACCACACCGCCGACGGCAAGCUGCAAGGAAUCCUGGAGGUGACGCAGGCCACCUUCGACAUCCUGCAGGCUACUCCGCCAGACGAGGCAAUGUCCGACGAGGCUUCGGUCUGGCAGCACUGCUGGAACAAGAUCGCGUUCGGCCCGCAGCACUACCUGGACGUUGCUGAAAGCGAAUUGUUUAAGCAGGCGGCGACGGAAGCCAGCCACUCCGCCAGCGGUAUCAAGUAUGGUAAGCCGAGUAGACACUGGACGGCCCCAGUUGUGUACUCCGCCGGCCACAACCCGUUUCCCAUAGAGCUGCAGAUCCGCAAAGUGGAUCGGGUGGCGUUCGUCUGGGACGAGUAUUGUGACAAAAUUCGUCAGUUAGAUGCAAAGGUGGGGGACUACAAGCAGGCCACUUACCAAGGCCCACCGGCGGUUGCUAAUCCGCAGGCUACUCCGCCCACUGCAGCAUCCUGA